AUGGCCGACGCAGCUAGAAAUUGGUCGGGCCUGGUGUCGCUUUGUCUGGGUCAGGAGCGUGAGAAGCGCCAGGUGAGCAGCCAACGUACGUCACUGACCAAAUCUAAUGUGGCCAUUGCUGCCUUGGGAUUGGGCACACAGCAAAAACUGCCUGUACGUUAUAUGCCCACAUAUCGUCUGGAGGGAAGAAAUCCCUUGAAUAAGGAUCGACUAGAGCUUGUGAUAAAAGCGAUAAUGCAUUGCAACUUCAAUGAUGAAUACAUGUUUCAUCCCAAACAAUCUUAUCAUAUGGCUGCCCAGGUUAGCGAAGAGAUAAAAAAUGAAAUCAAAACACUCAACUUUGAUAGGUAUCGGUUUAUUGUGCUGGUCACUGUUGGCGAACUGUUAAUGCAAGGUCUCUGCUCCAUGGUGAACUUCUUAUGGGAUGCCGACAAGGAUGGUUUUCUUAGCUACACCAUAGAGACGCCAAAUUAUUUUGCGGUCUGCAGCAUAUUUUAUUUAUAUUACGAUUAAGCGUCAUAAUAUAUUAUAUUAUAAUUUUAUAAGUCCCUAAAAUAUUAAAUCAAUCAAAAAUUAUAUCACUUUCUUCGAAGCAUCAUCAUCGCUCGGCAGAAAAAGUAUCUUAAAGCGACAAACAUCAUAUGUUACCCCCAUUAACUUGUAUGAAAAUCUGAAUCCAUAUGUAUGUUUUGAUUAUUUCCAAAGCAUAAAAUAAAACAAUGUUGUUUGAUCCAAGUCGGAGCCUAAGGCCAGGUCACGUCACUUCAAGCCUAAACGUAAAGAUCGUGUCAUAACUGUUUAAUUUCUUGAUGUUUCUGAAUGAAAUACGGUCUGUAUUUAAGUUUUUAAUAAUCGCGUAGCUAACAUCUACCAUUAACGUAUUUAGUAGAAAUUAAAUAAAACACUGUAACACUUUCACAAACGAACACGAAAAUUUCUUACACUUGGCUAUACUUAGUAAAUUGCACACAAGUAUAUAUGUAUAACUG